CGUCGGAAAAGGAAAUUAAGCAAAAAUGGCCUUUGGCCAUAGUGUUUGAAACACAUCCAGGUCCUGACGGAGUAGUUCGCGUUGAGACAUUAAAAAACCGCCAAAAACGUCAUCAAACGAGGAAUCGAACAUGUGUUUUACCUAGAACAAGAUUGUCAGGCAGAAGAACAUGUGCGAAUUCAACAUCAGUUAGAGGUCACCCCUCCCAUCAAGGAAAGAAAACAAAAACAAACUUUCAAGAAAAAGCGAACAGAUAAAGACCCAAUGGAUCCAGCAUCGGAACAAAAAACAUCCAGAGAAGGAAGACCAAUUCGAACACCGAAAAAAAUCCUGACUGCUGCUAUGAUGGGAUUGGUCCUACUCUCCAUCGCAGUACCAAUCCUAAGUCAAACCAAAAAAAGCUACACUCGAACGUGGCCACCAAGCACCAAGCUUCAACAACCAGAGCAAGUUAAGGAACAUGGGACGUCGCACCCAAGGAUAGUAAGGAUCACUAAAUUAUACAUUAUGGAACAUCUUGGAACCACUUAUAAAGGAAUUACAAUGGAUCAUCUCAUCUUCUCUAUAGAUAUGCUCGAGCUUAGCAGGUUGAUUUGGAAAGUAGUGGAAUGGUGCACAAAGAUUGAUCAAUUCGAGAAGUUGAUGGAGCGUCCAAAAAAACGAGCAAAGGAAGAUGUCAGAACCACGGCUUGGAAAAACAAACACUUGCCAAAAGUGAAGAGCGCAUUCAACAAAUGUAAAGGGACAAGACUUCGGAUGGAAAGAGAGGACGACAGAAUCCGGGACUUUUUGGGUCCAGAGCCAACGCUUAGGUCAAAACGAUUCUUUGCUACCAUGGGUGCGUUUGCUAUUGGUGGGGCACUGACUUUGGCAGCAGAAGAGGUUCCCCAUUUGCUUCAGAGAGGUGGUUCCUAUGAUAAUGAACAUGUGCUGGCGAAACACAUCCAGAACAUUGAACGACGAGUAAAGGUAUUCAAUGAUGAUGAAGCCCACUUCAACAAAGCCAUUAUAAAAAAUAAUGACCUCAUAGCCGCUACAGAUGCAGACGAACGUUUAGAUGCCUUCCUAAUACGUAUUGAUCAAAUCUUGAACAAGUUAGUUGAGGAUCAUCGAGACCUAAAAAAUCGGAUUGAAGACCUUUUCGUCCAUUUUCUGCAUGUCUCUCUAAUCCCACUCCCAACAAUCGGCAAAGCCAUGGCGGAAAUGAACGGACAAGCAUGGAAUGGUGGUGAUAAUGCAUCUACCCAUAGGGAGCAGACGAGGCGAGUUGGACCUCCACAAAAUCCACACAGCCACUCUGUGCAAGGAACAUUUUUAGCUAACCUAGGUGGUUGUGAGGGGAACACAGGUUCCUAA